AUGAAGCUUUCGAGAUCGGUGUUUGGGGCUCUCGGCACUCUCUAUUUUGUGGUGCUCGUUGGCGCCGAAAACCUCUUCCAGGCUGAUUUCCUUACCCCGUGUUCCAAUGACGCCAAUGUCGCAAUCAACUUCUUCAGCAUAAUCUAUACACCUAGCAAUGAAAGCAUUCGGAUUAGCUUUAAUGGAUCGACAUCGUACGCCGGGGAAUUCCUCAUCGACCUCGACGUGUUAGCGUACGGAUACAAGUUCCUCACCUACACCAUUGAUCCAUGCGAUUUCAAUCUCUCGGGGCUGUGUCCAUUGUCUUUCAGCGAGCUGAGCAUCCAAGACAUUUCAUUUACUAUCACAGGGAGUUUAGACAUUCCAAGUAUUGCGUAUAAUGUUCCGGAUCUAGACGCUAUCGUUCGCCUCAAUCUCGUGACUAAAGAUGGCACUCAAAUCACAUGUCUCCAAACAGCCGUGUCUAAUGGGAAAAGUGUUGACCAAGCCAGCGUGGCCUGGGUGCUCGCGAUAAUCACAGGACUCGGGCUUGUCGCAAGCGUUGGUAUUUCAAUCUUCGGACAUGCAGAUAUUGCCGCUUAUAUAUACUUACGGAUCUUGCUUUUUCUGGGGUUUAUGCAGACCCAAGCCAUCGCUGGAAUGAGCUCAGUCCAUUUCCCUCCAAUUGUACAAUCCUGGACUUCAAUAUUCCAGUGGACUAUGGGCAUCGUCGGCGUAAACUCCUUGCAGACCAUUUGUACAUGGUACCAACGCGCCACAGGUGGCACACCUUCCAGUCUCUUGACCACAACUGAAAAAUCUGUUUUCAUGGCCAAGCGUGCGGUGGUAGAUCUCACGAUGCUUGCGCGCAGGUCAGUCGACACAACAAGCGGAGGAACUGAACAGACUGUCCGAGGUAUCGAGCGUAUGGGCUACCGAGCCUCGAUUGAAAAGACUAACAUUUUCAUGACUGGAUACCUCUUUUUCUACUUUGUCACCGUUUGUAUUGUUCUGGCCGCUUUUCUCCUGCAAUUAGUCUUGUCUUCGUCCCUCAAGGGAAGAAGGCAAAAGCUAGAACAAACACCCGGCGCUACCAUCAGACGGGGGAUAUCUAUGCGAGGAACUCUCUACCGGAUCGUCCUUCUGGGCUUCCCCCAAAUGUGCGUCCUUUGUCUCUGGGAACUGAUCGAAAGAGAUUCAGCAGCGGAGAUCGUCCUCGCCAUCACCAUGUGGCUGAGCAUGACUGCAGUUCUAGGAUUUGCGACAUUGAGUGUUUUUCAACACGCACUUGCAUCCCGAGCACUGCACGAGCGCCCAGCUUACGCACUCUACUCUGAUCCGAGAUGCUUGACUAAGUGGGGCUUUUUAUACACCAACUACCACGCAGAGGCGUACUUCUUCGUCAUUCCGCUUUUGGCCUAUACCAUCAUCAAAGGUGCAGUCACAGCAUUUGCCCAGUCAAAUCCAAUCGCACAGUCUAUUAUGCUUCUCGUUUUAGAGGCAUCAAUGCUCCUUGCUAUGACUAUCAUAAGGCCAUACGUUGAUAAAGCCGCCAAUAAAUUUGGAAUCACUGCGGCAGCACUCAAUUUCCUCAGCGCAAUAUUUCUGCUCGUUUUUUCCGAUGUAUUCGAUCAACCAGCCAUGAUGACGAGCAUUUUGGGUGUGUUGUGGUGCCUCUACAACGCGGCAUUUACUUUCGCACUGUUGAUCUGGCUUCUAAUUGGAUUAUAUUACGUCAUCAAACUCAAGGCGCUGACACCUAGAUAUAAUCGACUCUCCAGUAUAUUUGAAAACAGACUUGCUAUCGAGCUGCUACCUUUGGAGGAGGCUGCGAGAGGCAACAUGAGCCCCCUGAAACCUUGUUGGAAAAUCGAUGAAUCAGACCACGCCCAGUCAGCCCAUGAUCUGAAUAUGACCCUGAGCGACUCGGAGUCCCGGUAUGAUAUUCGCCGAGCGACGCCUACGUUGAACUCUCAAGAUAAUACGAAUAGGUUCCCAGUAUCCUCUUUUCAUGAAAAUGGGUUAAACCCCACUUUGCCGUUGAUACCAGCCGGCUCAGAAGUCUCAGGGAGCCAAUCUUCUCGUUUACCUCACGGUCACUCGUGA